UCGGGAGUAGUUCUGAACCCGCCCACACAGAAAAAGGAAGCUCUGGCGCCGCCAUUUCAUGUGCGAGAGGUUGAGAGAACCGUGUGUGAGGAGCAAAGAUGAGCUACGGAAGGCCCCCGCCCGAUGUCGAGGGUAUGACCUCGCUCAAAGUKGACAAUCUCACCUACCGAACUUCUCCUGAGACACUACGACGAGUUUUCGAGAAGUACGGCCGGGUGGGAGACGUGUACAUCCCCCGCGAUCGGUAYACMAAGGAGAGCCGCGGGUUCGCUUUCGUGCGGUUCCACGAUAACCGCGACGCUGAAGACGCAAUGGACGCGAUGGACGGGGCCUUGCUUGACGGGCGGGAACUGCGAGUCCAGAUGGCGCGCUAUGGCCGUCCACCAGACUCUCACUUCGGACGACGAGGCGGCGGUGGACCUCCAAGGAGGCACGGAGGCUAUGGUCGCAGGAGCAGGAGUCGUUCGGCCAGCCCCCGUCGGCGCAGACGCAGUCGUUCCCGGAGCAGGAGCCGCUCCCGUGGCCGUGACUACAGCCGCUCCCGGUCUCGUUCCUACUCUAGAUCCCGUUCCAAGUCCCGCACCCCCCGCAAGAGCAAGUCCCCAUCUCGGUCGAGGUCCCGUGGUGCUUCCAGGUCCCGCAGCCCGGCUUCCAACAGAGGCUCCAAAUCCAGGUCGAGGUCCAAGAGCAUGCCCAAGUCCCCCGAGGACAACGGAACCGACUCUUAGUAACAACAGCUCCAACCCGGAGCCAUUAAAACGGUACACAAGGAAGGGGAGAAGGGGUGUGACAUCACAUAUAUAUAUGUAAGGAUGGUUUGGUUCGUGUAGGAGAGACUACAGGGCAGGUUUAGAUGCAGUUGGACAGUGUUCUGCAGCCUUGACAGUCUGAUAUUGAGUGUGACACUUUAGUCUUGUUUAGUCACCAGUGUUGCAGCGUACCAGUCAAGACUGCAGAAUCCUGACCUUGGGUUGUUGCAGGGGAAACUGUACGAUUGUAAACUAGGUUUUAGAACCAGUUCAGAAAGUAGUGCACACAUCAAGUAACAUGCAGUUGCAGGGUACAAAAGUAAAGACAGGAAAUAAAGCUGGAUAUCUGAACACUUGAAUGCUUUUAUUCAAGUGUGUGGGUGUCUACCAAUGUUUUACAUCCAACCAAACUGACACAUCAGCCAACAUUAGGAUUUGAUCUACAUGGAAGGUCAGAAGUAAAGUAGGCUAAAAUUGUUUACAAUAUUUAUAAAAUGGGCUUAUUAUUUUUGAGAUGCUAUAUUUAUGGCGGGGUGCUAAAAUUAAACAUUCGUUUACCUAAAUGUGGAAUUCUCUCCUCCAAGCUGCGGUCCUCUUGUCAAACAGAGAGGUGGGGGUGUGGCAGAGAUGGCAGUGUGAGAGCAGUUAGUGUGGUGUGACGCGACCCGCCCAUGUGACCUGCCUGUUGCUGAGUUGGUGGGUGCGAUGGCGGUUGCUAUGGAGCAGGUCGUCAAUGGCGACGCAUGGUCCGUGCUGUCAGUUGGUGAGGUGUGAGGUGGUGGUGAGGUACGGCACUUUCACAGGACCACAGACAGAAUUCUGCUGGCUACCGCUGUGUCUGUGGUCUCACUGGUGAAGGAGGGAGGACCCCAAGGUUUGUUGUCCAAUAAAUGCCUGAGUAAAAAAUAAGCAAACAAUUGUGAUAUUGAGAGGUAGCUUUGGGUUGGGGGCCCUUGGAGUGUGAAGACGGCUGACGCUGUUAGGAACUUAUUUCCUACCCACAAGGGAAAGGGUCAGUUCUAUACCAGUAACAUGGACAAUUGACAUGUUAAAUCGCCAUUUAAAAACAAACCGACAAGUCCUCGAUGGAAUGGUCGAUCUGUACAUUUGACUUUAGAUUGACACAACUAGACAAUCAACUGUUCUCAAACUAGCAGCGUAUCAUUUGACCGUCACCAACACAGCUUGUCUUUUCUUUCCAGGUGAGAUACGAUGGAGACUUCUUCUCUGCGGACGCCAGCCAGAUCAUAAGUCUGCCAGUGGACACCUCUCUACGCCCCACAGAAUACUGACCAAAAGGUUAUUGUGACUUGGUCUAAAAUGAUUUAUUUGGUUUCGGUUGCCCAGAAAGACUCAACUAUAUAUUUACCAAGGCGAUGUAACUCCCAUGACUAGAGUAGAGGACAUGUUUAAAGGUUUUGUGAGGUGAAUACUGGAUUUUGUCUUAUUGUUAGUGCUGGUUUGUUGCAUUUCGAUUUGAUAUUGUUAAUAAAACAUUUUAUGGUGAAGUAGCUACAGCUUUUCUCUGUAUUUAGUAGUUUUUUAUUCUCUACAGACAGAUUCUGGUUUGAGUUAACUGUGUUUUUUUUCUUUUGCAGAGUUGAUUUUAGCAAAGGGAGAGUGACUAGCCCCUAAAUAGUUUCCAUUAUUUUCUAAGCAAAACCAGUAACAUGUAGAGGGAAGUGAAAAGGAACAAUAAUAAGCCAAUAUUGUAUCAAAUGUCACGUGUUAUGUAAUUGGUUAACCUGCCUAGCAAUGGCUUUUUUUUUUUGCCUAACGUAUGUAUACUAGAUCAUUUUUUCUUGCCGUUUAUCUGUUAUAAGUUUGCUUUCCUGUGAAUUCUAACCCUCCUCUCUUGUUAUCUUUUGUGCAUUAGGCGCAGUUGUGUAGCAGUUGAGUAUUGCUGGUUAGCUGUUAAGGUGCGAUGCAGUGCUGAUGGUGAGGUGGCAGUGCAGUGGCUGGCGGGGGUGUUGCGGUACCCUGUGAGUGCCCGGUGCAGUUGUCGCCCGGCGCUCGUCUUGGUGCUACUGCUGCCGUUUGCCUUGUUCUGGUUUGUAAGAGUCAAUCACAGCUGUGGUGGUAGAUCUGAUCACGCCAUCUCUCCCCCUGUGUUGUUCUCAUAUGGUCUCUUCCCAUUCCUGAUGUACAAAUACACUCCUCUUUCCCAUUCUCUAUCCCAACCCUAGCCUGGUGGAACCAGCCUGAUCGCUGCGUUUUAACGUUUGUUCGAUCAAGCUUGUUCCACCAGGCUAUCCCAAACCCCCCUCCUAUUGUGGUUUAGUCCCUCUGUUGUGAGCUGGUUGUACAUUGUUGAUGGAAGAGUCUUAUGGCUCGAUAGGGGAGGGUUUGAUGAAGGGCAUUCCACUAGCUUAACAAAUGAAUCUGUGGAUUUUGUGUACCCUCGCAAGAUGUCUUGUAACUGCUUUAGGUGAAUGCUAAUAAACAUUUGUGGUUAUUUGAUUCA